AUGCAAAACAAUCAAUAACAACUGAAAAAUACCAAUUCAGUUAAAAUUAAUAAGCCUCCAAUUGAUAAUAGAUCAUCAAGAAAUAUUUAUGAAUUAUCAACAGAUAAAUCCUAAAUAAAUAAAUCAUUUAAUGAUAAAAAAUAAUCUAUUCCAAAAGCAAAUGCUAUAUUACAAGAAUUGUUUUAAAAAAGAUAAAAUUCUCAAGAAUAAUUAUUUCAUAGAACAUCCAGUCCAAAAUCAUAAUAUGAUAAUACAUCUAUUAAUAAAUCAUAAAGAUCUAUUUCUCCUCAAUUACUAUACUAAAUGCCUUUUGAGAUUAAAAAAAUCUACUAAUAAAUUAAUCACAGACUAGAUUAAUAAAAAUAAUAACAAAAUAACAAAAAUAAAAAUACUUAAAAAUAUAAGACAGAAGAAUCAAAAUCUCAUAAAAAUGAAUCAACAAGUUCUACUAUAAAUGAUUCUGAUGAAUAAAUUUAAAAUUUAAUAAACUAAGAGGAAAUUGUGUUUACAAUUAUGGCUGUUAUUAGCCGAAAAAAAAAAGUCAUAAAUUAAUGUCAAAAUUAUCUAAAUCGUAUAUCUCAUUUCAUAUUUGAAGAAAAAGAUAAAAAUACUUAAUAAAUACUAUCUAAAUAAAUACAUUUAGAGAGAAUAGGCAUAUUAGUUAUUCUAUAUAAAGCUUUAUCUGAUACAUUUGAAGAAGAUUAAUAGAAUUUAAAAAAUCUUUUAUUCUAUAUACAUAAUAGUAUGAUUUUAAAUCUUCAAUUAAUUAACUAAUCUAAUAUUCUCUCAUAAUCUCAAAGAGCAUUAAUAUAAGCUAGAUUAAAUAAAGUUAGACCAUAAAAAAACUAUUAAUUUUUAGAUAUUAAUUUAAUACGUAAAAAUUGUAAUGUCGUUUAUUCACUCUUAGUAUUAUUGUAUAUAAUUUAAUAAUAUUUUUAUAGUAUUGAGAAUUCAACAGAUGAUAAACUUAGUACUUUAGAAAAAAACUUAGCAAAUAUAGACAGAAUCACUUUACAAUAAGGAACUGAAUUUAUUAAAUAGGAAUAUCAAAAAAUUGUAUUAUUAUUCAUAAUUAUAUAGUUGGCUCAUAUUUAAUAGUUAAGAUUGACAAUGGAUUCAUAAGAUUUCUAAUUUGACUAUGAAGAAGUGAUAGAUUGUUAUUAGAUACCUUAUUUAUCUAAAACAAAUAAAUACACUUUAAUCAUAGAUUUAGAUGAAACAUUAGUUCAUUACUAAGAAGUAAAUAUUCAAUUUUUAUAUAGUUAGUAGAUGAGGGCCAAUUCUUAGUUAGACCUUUUGCAUAGCAAUUUCUUAAAGAUAUGUCUAAAUUUUAUGAGAUUGUUAUAUUUACUGCAGCAUAAUAAGAUUAUGCAGAUUUCAUUUUAGAUCUGAUUGAUGAAGAUAAAGUGAUCUCCCAUAGAUUAUACAGAUAACAUACCACUCUUGUCAAAAAUACAUAUGUAAAAGAUAUUUAGAAGAUUGGAAGAGAUAUAAAAAAAACAAUUAUUAUAGAUAAUUUGGCUGAAAAUUUUUAAUUUUAACCUGACAAUGGAAUACAAAUAUAAAGUUGGUACGGGGAUUCAGAUGAUCAAGCUCUAUUAUUAUUAUCACCAUUAUUAAUUCAAAUUGUUCAGAAGAAAAUUCCAGAUGUAAGAGAGGCUUUAAGGAAAUUCAGGGAUCAAAUGCAAAGAAAUAUAGAGGCUGGAAUAUCAGAACCUCAUUUGCAUUUAAGGUUAGACUGAA